GAAUUUGUUCAAGGUCAGCUCUGCUUUUCGCCCGUCCUGCGCAGUACUGUGGGCUUCUUGCUCCUGGUAGGCAACAUUUCUCAGGGGGAAGGUAUUCAUGACUUACACAACUCACUUGUACAAAUUGAUAUAAAAGGAUUACAAACUGUUGGUAUAAUUGCAUAUAACAAUCUGAGGAAGUCUGCUUAACUUCGGACAGUCCACAAAAUCUAAUUUAGUCUGCGGGUACAAAUUUAUUAAACACCAAGGUUGAAUGUGCAAGUAUGACAGCUACUACAAAGCCCCGUCGAGCAUCUGCCAAAGCUUGUCUCAAGGCCAUAUGUGGACUUACUGCUCUCCAGAACUCUGAUGAUAGCUCAAUAACUGAAAAUAUUGAAAGUGAGAUGUCAGACUAUGUUGUCGAAAGUGGGGACAAUAAUAUCACUACCGAAGAGAGUGAUUCGAAUAGUGCAGAUAAAGCUGAGAUAUCUAACGAUGCCAAACUCUCAUCAGAAAAUUCGUCGUCAACAGGCUCGUUUAUUGAUGAACCAUGUCGUAAAAAAUCAUCAAGUAAAGCUCAUCGUCCUGUUUUGAGUGACAAAGGAUGUUUGAGAUCUCCUUUCGUAAGAUAUAUGAGGUCUUGUCGUGGUCAUAUUGAUCGUGAUCCCAGAUCUGUAGCUCCUGCGAAAUUUCUGCAGUCAAUAGAUUCACUAAAACAUAUGUUCAGUAAUACGCAAAAUCCAUUCCUGUUUUGUCCCAGUGGAUAUAAGUCACAGUUUAUGUGUCGGAAAAAGGCUUUAUUUCCAACCUCGGGUGCGUGGGUACGAUCACCUAUUUAUAUCAAAAAGGAUCACCUUCCAGAGCCUCCCAUCAGCCCUAUAUAUUUAUCUGACGAAGUAAAUACAGUUAAAUUAAAACGGUUCGAAUUUGACAAGGGUUCAAAUUUAGUAUAUACUGGUGGAGCAGUAACUUGUUUGUCAUGGUGUCCUCCUCGUCUUUCUUCACUUCUGGAUUCUGAAUCAAUUGUAAAUGAAUGUUCGUUUCUUGCGACUUCUUCUAUUCUAACACCAGAUUCACAAACGCUUUAUUCUGAUAAGAUGGCUAGUUGUCCUGGAUUAAUACAGAUAUGGAAUUGUGGGGUUUUAGGUCUAACAGAAGUGUCAAGUACUUUAAACCCUGAAAUUCACUUUAUCAUUUCACAUGAUUGGGGUCGAAUUACUGAUAUGUGCUGGAUACCAGUUUCACCUUUUUCGGGCAUUAAAGAACUAGUGACAAAGGCUUGUUCGUAUGGAUCAUGCAUAAUAACUAUUCCCGAAGUAGAUCGAGUUCUUGGUCAUUUAAUUGUUGCUUGUCAAGAUGGCUUUAUUCGUAUAUUAUCUAUACCAACUUGUCCAAUGAAUUUUGGGUUCGAGAAUUCAUCUGCUUCACAAUUCGCUUAUACACUUUCGAAAAAUUGUUACCUCACACUAUCCCCAUCUGUGAAAGGACAUCCUCAUUGGGUUGGUUGGCCAACGUGUACGCAUAUUCGCCGUGAAUUCCCAGAUCGCCUUUUUGUUGGUUAUACCACAGGUUAUGUAGGCUAUUACAAUCUAAGUAGUCUUAAUGAUUUGGUUUAUUCGCCUCAGUAUAAUCAUUUAGCUCCAGUGAAAAUGUCACGUCUAACAAGCAGUCCAAUCACAGCAUUGUCUCUCCACCCUCUUAAUGGAAAAAUGUUGUAUGUACAAGGCUUAGAACGUAUCGGUGGUGUCUGGGAUUUGAAUGACUCUGUAUGUUUCACUUCCGAGUCAGCUGAAAUCAGUUGGAAUCCAGUACGUGGUUUUAUGGGACGUGAAGGAAUGUGGAUUUGUAAUGGUGAAUUCUUAGUUGGUUCACGUGAAACGUGGUUUACUUCGACAUCAUGUAAAAACACUCAAUUUCCCAAGUGGUCUGCAUUAUUUGAUACUAUGGAUAACUGUAUUGGUCAGUAUUUACCUGCUGAACCAACUGAUGCUUGUAGCCAUUUAAUACCAUUAGGAAUCCAGUCACUCACGAGUGUGGAUUUCAGUGAUUCUCUCAAUGCACUUGUGUGUAGUACGGACAGAGGACGUAUUGAAGUGAUUGCUGAGUCUGUAGAGAAGCGAAAAUGUGAUCCGUCACGUCCAAGAUAUAUUCCUGAGCGGCUCGUCUUUGGUGGAAAUUCGACUCUAUCUAAACGCUCUCGAGUCAGUGUCCGGUUGAAAAUUGUGUUGCCACCGAAUAUGAGUACUGGAGCAGUUUUUCUGAAACCACGUACACCAUUCAAACUGGCUGCCCUCAACGUUCGCACACUUAUGCAGGUCGAACAACAGAUAGGGCUGACUAUGUCUUUAGAAAGUCUUAAUAUCGAUGUGUUAUGACCUUGGAUGUCUGACUUUUCGAUCACACGGCUUAUCUACCAAUCCGAAUACGACUUAUACGAAUCUUCACACUAGGCCAACCAAUGACGUCCAACCGGUGUGGGCAGUUUAGCGUCCUUAUUGGUCCUAUGUCCUACGAGCCCUUCCACUUGAGUCCAGAACACAAUACCAGCUUCGAAUCAGAGCAGAUCGUUUAUUUCAGGCAUACUUGGUUUAUAUAUCAAUCACACAGACCGCAACGUACCAUAAAAUAGGAAAUAAUAUUUGUACACAAAUAAGCCCAAAAAGUGGCUGUGAAUGUGGGAGGCAGUAGUUAAUAAACUGAACAUAACUUAAGAACCGUAAAUCGUACAAUAAUAAAUUAUAGGCCAAAAUGGAGCUUGUCAUAAGAGGGAUAUAAAUAUACAUAAUGUAAUCGUUGAAUAGUUAUACCAUAAGAAUAUUUAUAGAAUAUUAGUCCAUGAAUAGUCCUCGGAAGUUACCUGUUAUUUAAUCUUCACCGGAUAUAACACCUCCCCCAUUUUGUUUUUGAAAAUUCCAACUUUAGAUUCUGAUUAAAAAAAAAAGAAUUAUAUGUGACUUUAAAUUCCUCAACAUUCUCCUCCUCCUCGAAAUAAUGUUGGGUCCUUAUGGCUCCAAAUUACAACUAGUAGGACUUUAUUUAAACCAUGUUUCUCGUAUUGACUGGAGAAUCCACUAAGAAUGACUAGAUGAUGAUGAACGACCUUUGAUCUGAGUUCAUUAUUUUCAAAUUCAUUAUGAAUCUCGUUAGCAGAUAACGAGUCAUUAAGAAAGUCAACGUCUAACAGAAUUAAAUUAGAUUUUUGGCCAUCAUUCGACUCAGCUGACAUAUUUCCCUCAUUGUUAUAAGAAGUUUCAUCAAAAUCAUAUGCAUUAUUCUGACAAUCAAUAUCUGGUACACUGUCAUUAGAAAUGGGAUAAGUUGACUCAAUAUAAAAUUCUGUCUUCCGGUGAUUUUGAGUAACAUCCAGUACAAUUUGGUUCAUCGUGUUGCUCCAGUUAUUUUCUGAAUACGAGUCACCAUAGCUUUCUCGACUAACAGCACGUGGACCACAAUUUUGUUCGAGCUGACGUUUAUUUUCGCAGCUAGACAGUACCAGUAGUGUUUCAUUUGAUUCUGGACUCUGGGCAUCAUCUACAGGAUCUGGCUCCUGAUCAUCUGGUAUUGUCACAACUUCAUGUGCAUUUAGCACAACAUCUUCUUGCUCUGAGCUGGACACGUUACCAAUAUUACGUUUUCCUUCUGGUAUAGAGGGAUUUGAAUCCUACACAGGAUAUGCUUCUGAAAUGUCCAUUACUGCACCAUUAUCUGCAUGAUAUAUAGAUUUCUUAUUUUCUGCUUGAAUGCAAAGUCUGCCCAAAACUGUUACAAAUAGCUGUUGUUGCAAGGCCAACAUCUUCUGCAGGUGCUGAAAAAAAAGACUACCUUUUCCGAUCAAUUACAGCUUCUACUUGAGCAACAACAGCAGUGCUUCAAAAAUAGCCAGUUGAAUUUUUUAGGAAAUUUACGCACACUGUUGGUAAAUUUUCCAUGUUUCGGAAAUGCAACAGAAGUUGAUAAGUUCAUUUCUCAUCUGCAGACUGAUCUGGAAAACAACUGCAGAACAUAUGAAGCUGCUUAUAAAAGCCUCUGUGAAUCCCGGACGACCAGUGAUGUAAACGAAAAAGUUAUUCAUGAUCCGCCCAGUCGUCCAGAAAUGUCAAAUUCCGAAACAUUCCCUGUCGUGGGUUCAAAUCCCACUGUUCCUGAAACGUGUGCAGACAAUGAUGUACCCAGCUCACAGGAAGAUCUCUCAUUAAAUGCUCAUAAAUUAAUUGCAGUACCCGCCCACAACGGAACAGGGAACAAAUCGUGUAGUACACUGAAUCCAGCUGUUUCAAAUGGUCCUCAUCAUUCAACAACAGGAGAUUCUGACGAAUCUUAUUAUCUAGAUCCUCUUGUACCAGAAAAUGUGUUAGAUUCAUCAAAUGAUGAUCAGAAAUCUAAUACAAUUUUGAUAGAUGUUGAUUAUCUCAGUGAUCAACUGUUUACAAAUGAGAUUUUCAACAAAUCCCAUGAUAAUGUUCCAGAAGAAUCAAACGUUGAUGACCUCAUAUCAAGUGACAUUGUUCCCCACUAUUUAAUCACUUUCAGUGACUUCUCUGUUCAAUGUGACAAUUAUGUGUUAAAUAGAGUCAAAUUAAUUUUAACUUGGGGAUAUGAGGACCCAACAUUAUUUCGUGGGGGAGGAUGUACCCAGAAAAUUUCAAAAUCCGGAUAUCAACUCCGGAUCUUCAAAAAAAAGGGGAGGUGUUGUGGAUGCGGAGGAAUAGACCAAUAAUUAUCAUGUUAAGUCCAAUGGUGUCCUUGGACUUUAAAUGGACAUUUUCUAUUGGUCGAUAUCUGUUCACUUGUUGAAUAUUGUACAAAAUGUUGUUUUCUAUUUUAUGGUACGAUGUGGUGUGCUUGAUUGGUAUAUAAACAAAGUAUGUUUGAAAUAUAAUGAUUCAUAUCUCCG